GUGUGUGUGUGUGUGUGUGUGUGUGUGUGUAAGAGAGAGAGAGAGAAAAGCAGGAGGCAGAAGAAGACUGGUGCCUUUCUUUAGCGCUGACGGCGACGGACAGAUAACAAUACCGAAUACGUGGUCGUACCCGAUUCACUCUGCAUUCUGAGUCGCGCCGGGUCAAUAAAAGUUGACUUUUGAAAGACGUAAAAAAAAAAAAUGGGGAUCCGUAAAAAAAGCAACAAGAACCCGCCGGUGUUGAGCCACGAGUUUAUCAUCCAGAACCAUGCAGAUAUUGUUUCCUGUGUUGCUAUGGUGUUCCUCCUCGGGUUGAUGUUUGAGAUCACCUCGCAGGUUGCAGUGCUGUUCAUCACUGUCCAAUACAACGUUACAAUCUCUGCAAACGAGGGCCUGCCAGAGGAGAGCGUGGUGAACCACUUCCACCACGGCCUGAAGGAUGUGGCUACAGUCUUCUUCUACACGCUGGUGGCCAUCAUUAUCCACGCCAUCAUUCAGGAAUAUGUACUGGACAAGAUCAACAGGAAGAUGCACUUCUCUAAGACCAAGCACAGCAAGUUCAACGAGUCGGGCCAGCUCUCUGCCGUCUACCUGUUCUCCUUCGGAUGGGGAACCAGCAUCCUCAUGUCGGUAGGUAGAUGUGUGUGUGUGUGGGGCACAAGCAUCGUUAUAUCAGGACAUGGUUUAAACUGUUUGUUUACGUGUGUGUGUGUGUGUGUGUGUUAGUACAUGGUUUAAACUAUUCGUUUACUGGUGUGUGUGUGUGUGUGAUGUUAAUAGGUGAUUUUUAAAUGGUUUUAAUACUGGACUAUUUGUUUACUGGGUG